AUGUACCAGAAACGGAGACAACCACAUCCUACAGUGGAAGCUCACAGCGCAGAGUUGAAGGGCUUGUGUCGCCGCUUUGCGGUCAGCCUCCUUGAACUCUUUGGUUCCGCCGCAACUGGACAGUUCAGGGACGGUGAGAGUGACCUGGACUUUUUGGUGGAGUUCCUGCCGAUGGCAACCGCCAGCUUCGCAGACAACUAUUUCGGUUUGCUGGAAGGCUUGGAAGAACUGUUUGGCAGGCCUGUGGAUCUGGUAGUAGGCCGCGCAAUCAGAAAUCCUUAUUUCCUUCAGUCCGUCGAAGAAACCAAGAGCCUUGUCUAUGCGGCUUGA